GCCCAGUCCGCUCGUCUCACUCCCCUUUCUCCGACCCUGCUGCCAGUCCCCCGCCUCCCUCUGUGACUGCAAGCCCGAACUUCCCUCCCCUAAUGGCCUUCACUCCAAUUAUCUAACUAGGAGAGUCUCGCUUCAUCUGUACAACAAACUUCAAAACUUUACCAGAAGAAAAGGUACUAAAGCCGGAGAAUCUCGGAGCUGCUGCCCACAGUCUGUGUGCAAACCCGCGGCGGAAAGCAGGCCGACGGGGAGGAUGUGGAUCUGGUACCUGCUGCUCGGUUCUGGCUCCGGCUCCAGCUCGGUCGAAAGCCAGCUGCUCCCUGGGAAUAACUUCACAACGGAGUGCAACAUUCCUGGGAAUUUUAUGUGUGGAGAUGGGAAGUGCAUCCCUGGGGGCUGGCAGUGUGAUGGGCUGCCCGACUGCUUCGACGAGAGCGAUGAAAGAGGCUGCCCCAGGGUAAAGUCCAGGUGUGCCCCCACGUUCUUCGCCUGUGCAAGUGGGAUGCACUGCAUCAUCGGGCGCUUCCGCUGCAAUGGCUUCGAGGACUGUCCUGACGGCAGCGACGAGGAGAACUGCACUGCAAACCCCCUGCUGUGCUCCACAACGCGCUUCCACUGUAAGAAUGGCCGCUGUGUGGACAGGAGCUUCCUCUGCAACGGACAGGACAACUGUCAAGAUAACACUGAUGAGGAAGACUGUGAGAGCACCUCCGAAUCUGUUCCAGGGCAGGACUUUGUUUCGCUGGAUUACCGGCUGCGCUACUACCCCAGCAUAACGUAUGCAGUGAUUGGCAGCGCAGUCAUCUUUGUCAUGGUGGUGGCGCUGCUGGCCCUUGCCCUGCACCACCAGAGGAAGCGCAGUGUGCUCCUGCCUCGUGUGGGGCAGCACCUUCACCGCCUGCACCAGCCCCUGCUGCUCUCGCGCUUCGUCAUCGUGGAGCCACAGCACUCCUGCAAUGCCUCUGCCGCUUCCUACAGCACCACCCGUGGGAUCCAGCUGCUCUCCGGAGCGCUGUACCCACGCAGCUACACCAUGGACACCCCUCCCUCGUACUCGCAGGCAGUCCGUGACCUCAGCCGGCCGCCCUGGUUUGAUUUGCCCCCUCCCCCCUACCCUCCUGAUGGAGAGGAGCCCGUCCCAGAGGAUCUGCCCCCCUACCAGUCCCGCCGGGGGAGCACGCAGAGCCAGGACAGUCCCAGCGAGAGCCACACAGGAACACAAACAACUGUACAUAGAGAGGCCCAGUCCUAGGGGCCAGUCUCCCAGGGCUAAAUCCCACAGCAUCCCCACCUCUACACCACAGCCGUGUACAGAGGAUCCUGCUCCAGUCAUAGAGGUCCAUAUCCUCUUAACCAGUUAAACAAUCAAUUUGUGAAAUUCUUUAGGCUGAGUUUUCACUGAGUUCAGCAACAGUGGAGUGGAUACAUGUUUACAUAUGUAUGCCCGCAUCAGAGUUUUUCUUAUAUCUAGAAAACUACUUAUUAAAUUGUGCUGAAAGUUAGGGAUUCAUUUGAGUAUAAUCCGGUGAGUAUAUGGAGGAACAUGUGCUUUGUUUAUGUGUCACAGUGGCCAUGGUGGUGUUUGUCAUGAUACUGAUGGCUUUUAUUGUUGUAUCUACAGCCCUAGCAGGGGGUGUAUGUUUCUAACAUGAGGUUGCAAUGCUGUCAUAGUGCAGCUGUCUUGUUUGAUUCACAAUGAGGUGCCAAGGCAAAUUGAUAUCCAAAUGCCUGUUAUUAUAACUAUUAUAAUAAUACACAGACCACUUUCAUAACCUGCAAACGAUUUCAAAUUUAACAGAAUUAUUCUCAUCAGAAUGCAUGACUGUACGUUCACAUGUUAGAGAGCAAGAUCUCAGUGAAACACCUGGUAAAAUGAAUAGAAGAGCUUUAUAUAAAGUUCUCUCUGACAAGGGUGGAAAUGCCCCAGCAUAGCACUAUAAUGAGCUUGUUUUUUUCUGUCUGGACCCUGGACGUGGGACGUGCAUUUUAAAAUGUAUAACCAUCUAUGUAUACGUCUUGGACCAAUUAAGCUUCUAAUUAAGCACUUAAUUGCUCCAAUUGAGUAAUUUAGGAUACAGUUGGAACAAAAACCAGGAGGGACAGCGGUCCUCCAGAUCCAGGAUUGGAGACCCCUGGACUAGAUCAACACAGUUCUUUCUGAUUGGACGUGAGGGGCUGUUUAAUGCAGCUGAGAUCAUAUAUGAAUAAUAAAGUUGCAAAGCUUCUGUUGUUUAUUUAACAUGUUCAUGAUGUUUUAAUGAAGAACCCGAGCCAACUCAAAACAAAUACAUUUCAGCUGCUCAUUACAAAUACACACUGAAAAAGACUAACAUAAUAUUACUGAAAGAAUCAGUACAGGAAAGUUACACAAAACGAUAAGAGUUCACCGAGGAUCCUGAAUAAACAGGGCAAGAGGGUUAGGGUUAGGGUCAAAAUAAAGAUUCAAGCCAAACAAGCAAACGUAGGCUGGGCAUUCGCCUUCACUACUAAGUUGCAAACACACAUCAAAACACAGGUCAAAACUCCCCAAACAAAAUAUAUACAUGUGACCAUUCUCCAAUCAUCACUCAGUUAUCUAAGUGGAGAAUGGCCACACCUGUGAUUGCUGGCAGGGACAGAAUUAACCCCAUCCGUGCCAACCUUGCAUUCAUACACGCACUGUUUACACAAGCAGGGCUUUUGUCCUGCCACAGAAAACUCUGCUUCCUUUCUAGAAAAAAUAAAGAGUUUCGUUUCCUGUUAAGUGUUUCUGUAACAAAUCCACAAAAACGUGUUGCUUUGCUUUUGUUUAUACACAUUUGCUUUUUUGUAUAAACAUUAAAACUGGAAUACUUGUCAGGUUAGGAAAAAAAAAGAUCCUGCCCAAUCUGUUCUGGGAUGCUUUUUGAAUCUUCUUAUAUUGUACAAGUACUUUGUAUCAAUGUAGAAAACUUUUUUUGUGUGUUUUGUUUGUAUUCUUUUAUAAUCAUUCAUGUCUUCUGUUAUGGUACUUUAAUGUAAUCUUUUUUUUUUGUUUUUUUUAAGGUUUUCAAAAAAUGUAUAAAUGUAAAGUAAUAUAAAUAAUUUUUCCUCUAAAUGUUUUCGUGUUUAUAUAUAUAUAUAUAU